AUGGCUUUGAAAGUGCUACUAGGACAAGAGAAAACAUUUCUCACCAUUGUGGCUUUACUAGCCUAUUUGGUAUGUAAAGUGAUUUGUGAAACAGGGGACUGUAGACAACAAGAAUUCAAGGAUCGGUUUGGAAAUUGUGUUCUCUGCAAGCAGUGUGGACCAGGCAUGGAGUUGUCUAAGGAAUGUGGCUUUGGCUAUGGGGAGGAUGCUCAGUGUGUGACUUGCCGGCUGCACAGGUUCAAGGAGGACUGGGGCUUUCAGAAAUGCAAGCCGUGCCUGGACUGUGCGGUGGUGAACCGCUUCCAGAAGGCAAACUGUUCUGUCACCAGUGAUGCUGUCUGCGGGGACUGCUUGCCAGGGUUUUAUAGGAAGACAAAACUUGUUGGUUUUCAAGACAUGGAGUGUGUACCUUGUGGAGACCCUCCUCCUCCUUAUGAACCACACUGUACCAGCAAGGUCAACCUCGUGAAGAUCCCGUCCACAGCCUCCAGCCCAAGAGACACAGCUCUGGCUGCUGUGAUCUGCAGUGCCUUGGCUACUGUCCUGCUGGCUCUGCUCAUUCUCUGCAUCAUCUAUUGUAAGAGACAAUUUAUGGAGAAAAAACCCAGCUGGUCUCUGAGAGCCCAGGACAUUCAGUACAAUGGUUCUGAACUGUCCUGUUUUGACAGACCUCAGCUCAAUAACUCUGCUCCCAGAGCCUGCUGUCAGUGCCACCGGGACUUAGCCCAGACCUGCGGGCCUGUUCAUUUGAUCCCAUCCUUGUGCUGUGAUGACUCCUGCAGCAUCGACCAGGUGACUCUUGCUUGCAGGGUGCAUUCCCAGGCCACACUUCAGGAGAGAAAUGCAGGUCCGGUGGAAGAGACCAUGCCAUCUUUCUUCGGGUCCCUUUCUCAGUCCAUCUGUGGCGAGUUUUCAGAUGCCUGGCCUCUGAUGCAAAAUCCCACUUAUGGUGAUGAUAUCUCCUUUUGUGACUCUUAUCCUGAACUCACUGGAGAAGAUAUUUAUUCUCUCAACCCAGAAAAUGAAUCCUUGGAUUCAGACAGUAGUCAGGAUUUGGUUGGUGGCGCUGUUCCAAUUCAAGCUUCUUCUGAAAACUUUACAGAAACUACUGAUUUAUUUAGAUACAACCCACUGACAGAACCAGUGCGAACUCAGGAUGCACUAAUUACUAGAAGCCAGCUAGGUCAAACGAAUGGAGAUAUCAUUAACCGAACCACUCAAAUUCAGACAUCCCUCCAGGGAGCUUUUUAG